UUCAUGGACGAUAAUGCUAGACCACAUCGUUCACGAGCAGUCAACGAUUUUAUGAGGACCAGUGUAAUUACAACUUUACCAUGGCCUGCUAUGAGUCCGGAUUUAAAUACAAUAGAACAUAUUUGGGAUUUCAUUGGGCGACGGGCACGUGAACCUCCUGUUCAAACUCUUCGGCAGCUGGAAGCAGCACUGCAUCAAGAAUGGCGACAAUUAACA